CUCCCCUCCUCUCCUCCAGUGUGUGACUGGUCAGUCAGUCAGCUAGUCUCCAUGGCAGAGUGGUGUCAGCAGCAGCGCGUGUCCUCACGGCCCGGUCUGAUUCUCCUCAGACUCACCCUGGCUCUCUACCUCCUCUACCCGUCCUCGGGUGCUCUUCCGUGGGAUAGACAGGCCAGCGGCUCCCCUGUGGAGGGCCAUAAGGUGGUGAGUGGGACGUUCUCUCGACCGGUCCUCGUUGUGGGCUACCAUAAAAUAGUGGAGAUACCAGCUGGAGCCACAGACAUCAGGAUACAGGAGUCUGUCAAGACCAGGAACUACCUGGCGCUGAGGACUCAGAGUGGAGUCUCCAUCAUCAACGGCAACUGGGCGAUCGACCGCCCGGGCCUGAUCGUUGCAGUUGGAACCCGGCUGACAUAUCGGCGACCCAACGAGAUCCGGUCCAGAACCGGAGAGUCCAUCACCGCACCGGGACCCACCACGGAGGAGUUACAUCUAUACUUGAUCUAUCAGCAGCCUGGUCCCAGUGUGUAUUAUGAGUACAGCCUUCCUCUUCAAGACACACACACGAGCACCGAGCCUCACACACACCCCGCCAUACUGCCCCUGGUUGAGACUGUUGGCCCCACCUACUCAGGAAGCGAUGAUGUCACCAGUGGACUGGGCGUGGUCAUUAAUGAUGUCGGUAGUGGGAAAGGCCAUCCCAACCAAGUGCCCUCUGACCCUGUGGUGAACCCUGACCUCUUGGCUCCUUCCUACGGCUGGAUCAGCAGCGGCCACACAGCCUGCAACACCUCCUGUGGUGGGGGUAGACACCAGGUGUUGUGGGUGUGUGUGGAGACUGAGAGCCAGACCACAGUACCAGGUGACCUCUGUAGCCACGCCCAGCGACCCCAAAACCAGGAAGUGGUCUGCAACAUCCAGCCUUGUCCCGCCUUCUGGGACCUGGGGGAGUGGUCAGAGUGCACUAGAACCUGCGGCCCGGGGUCCCAGCAACGCCAGGUCAUCUGUCGUCAGGCGCUCAGGCGCAACAGUACGGCAACGUUGGUCGCCGUGGAGACGGCGCAGUGCGGAGGUUAUGAUAGGCCGGAGACGACAUCGCCCUGUCAGCUAAAGAUCUGCAGCGAGUGGCAGAUACGCUCCGAGUGGAGCCUGUGUUCAGUCCCGUGUGGUGUCGGCCAGAGCAGCAGAGAGGUGGUGUGUGUUGGUAACCAGGGAGACGUGGAGGGGGACGACCAGUGUAACCUGGGGGUGAAACCAGCCCCUCUUCAGAACUGUGACAUGGGACCCUGCGCACGGAACUGGUUCACCUCACCAUGGAGCACACAGUGUUCUACAGAGUGUGGUGAAGGUAGACGUAGUCGCUCAGCAGUGUGUCUGUUGGACCAUGUGACUAACCUACCAUUGGACGGCUGCGACGGGCCCCGCCCACAGGAAGUAAUCUCCUGCUAUGCAGGGCCAUGUCACCUCCGCCUGGAAUGGUACACUGGACCCUGGGGACAGUGUUCGGCGGAAUGCGGAAACGGAACACAGACCCGGGGCGUGGCCUGUCUACUCCAUGACAACGGUCGCCUGGAGGCUGUGGACCAAUCAAACUGCUCCCACCUGGAUCGACCAAUGAGCUCUCAGAGCUGCCACCUGAAGGUGUGUGGGGUGCAGUGGUACGCCACCGAUUGGAGCACGUGUUCUCGCUCCUGUGACGGAGGUUACCGUGUGCGUGAGGUGUGUUGUCUUGCCGACAACGUGACCCCAAGUGAGCUGUGUGACCUCAGUGCGACCCCUGAGAGUCGGGAGGAUUGUAACACCCAGCCCUGUUUACCUGAGACAGUCUCAUCGUGUAGUGACCAGUACUAUAACUGCGUGUUCGUGGUCCAGGCCAGGUUGUGUGUGUACUCCUACUACAGGACUGCCUGCUGCUCAUCCUGCUCCGUCAUCACACACACACACUCCUCAAGAACCACCUCCGCAGGCGAUGACUUCCCCAGAUAGGAGUUGGUCUCCCUAACUGAGAUCACCUGGCUCCUGGAAAACACACCUGAAAGAACCACACCUGAAAGAACCACACCUGAAGGAAACACACCUGAAGGAAACACACCUGAAGGAAACACACCUGAAGGAAACACACCU